CUAAUUUCAGCUUUCCAUAAAAAUGCCAUCUGCUCAUCUAAUUUUGAAAGAAGAAGAAGCCAUUAGAUUAGUACUGGAAUUUUUAUCAAAUAGAGAAUUAAGUAUUUCACAGUUAUCAGUUGAAAGAGAAACUGGUGUUAUCAAUGGUGUGUAUUCAGAUGAUAUGCUAUUUCUGAGGCAACUAAUACUGGAUGGACAGUGGGAUGAUGUUCUUGGAUUCAUUCAGCCUUUGGAAGGUAUUGAUAAUUUUGAUUCCAAACAGUUUCACUAUGUAGUCAUCAAACACAAAUAUAUAGAGUUAUUAUGCAUAAGAUCGGAAACUGGACCUGUUCAAAGUUUAGACGUUGCAGUAGAAGAAGUUGUAAAAUGCUUAAAUGAUCUUGAAAAGUAUUGUCCUACAAAAGAAGAUUAUAAUAAUCUUUGUUUAUUAUUAACUUUGCCUAGAUUAUCUGAUCAUUUUGAAUACAGAAACUGGAAUCCAAGUAAUGCCAGAGUGAAUUGUUUUAAAGCAGUUCAUCCGCUUGUAGAAAAAUUUCUUCCAUUCGAUAAAAAGACAACUGUUAAUCAGAAAAUCUCUAAGGGUGAUCGACUCAUACAGUUGAUAAUUAAAGGCAUUUUAUAUGAAUCAUGUGUUGAGUAUUGCCAGCAGAGAGCGACGUCGUCAUCAAAUGCUUCCCAUGAAAUGCAAUUUGCACAUUUGUUAAAUGGCACAGGCUUCAGUGAUUCUGACCUAAGUUUGCUAUCAUGGUUACAAUGUAUUCCUCCUGAAACAUUUUCUUAUCCAUUUGAACAGAAGACAUUGAGUGUAGAUGUGGAACAAUUAGAAAAACCUUGUCUUGAAGCAUCAUGGUCUGAACAGAUUCUAGUCACUCCAAUUAAACCUAAAAUUUUUCCGCAUUCAGCUACUCCUUUUACAAGAUUACGUUCUGCUGAUUUUAUGUCAAGAUCACUAACACCAAAUUUAGAUGGUCUCAGUCAGAAAGGAAACAUGAUGGCAUUCUCCAUGGGUGAUUUAUCUCUCAUGUCUCGUUCAUUUGCUGGCUUCCAUUUAACAGGCAAAAAGUCUAUGAUUACAUCUGUGGAUCGCUUGUUUGAAGCAGGUGAUGUAUUUAGCACUAGUUACAGUGAUUUACAAGCAAUUCUUGAAACUCCAUCUCCAAAAGAUAAAACCACAUCACAAAAAAUUAGUGAUAAACAAAAUCUGAAUGACGAAGAAAAUAAAUCUUGUGGAAAUAAAGAACUUGGUUCAGGGUUAAAGACACCUUCAAAAAUAAUAACUGAUUCACAAAAAUGUGAAAAAUCACCAGUUAAAACUGAUUCACAAACAUCAGUAGAUAGUGACACAUCAAGUCAACAGAGUGCACUUUUACCUUCUGAUACUUCUUCAUCAGAUUUAUGGAAAGAAUUCCAACGGCAGAAGCAGCAUUUACUAGAAGAAUUACAAGCUCAAGAAAAACAAAGGGAACAGUUAAUGCGUGAAAUUAAUUCAGGUGUUUCAUCAUCAUGUGUAAAUUUAAAUCAUAACAUUGAAAAUAAUGUUGUUAAUACAAGUAUUACACCUACAAUGAACCAAGUAAAUUAUCCACAUUCUGAACAACUCACAACAAGUACUCCUAAGCCUGUUGGGAACAAAUUUGCAACUCCUCCUCCACAGACUUCACCAGUACUUCCAAGAAAUGAUGAGAUGAAAUCUGCUACUCUCAAAUAUUCAGGACCUGUGUCAAAAAAUUUAGGUGUAUUGUUAGAAAAUCCAGAAUUGCAAUCGCCACAACCAAAUUCUAUUCCAUAUACAAAUAUUCAAACCAGUCAUUCCCCUGUUAAUGCAUAUGGAACCAAUAUAAAUUCUGUUCCACCAACUCUCACAGGUCCUGGAAUGACAAAUACUUCACGGAUAAUCCAGAAUGUUCCACCAACUGCAUAUAAUGCAUCACCUGUUCAAACUACUAUUGGAGGUACAAGGCAAUCUCCUAUUGCACAGUUACCUCCUCCAGAUGAUAAGAGACCACAUUUUCUCCCCGUUACAAGAUUAGAAGAUGCACAAGCAAUAAGAACUGGAGAAUUUCAUCCUAGUGGAAGAUUUUAUGCUAUUGGAUCUAAUUCAAAAACAUUACGUAUCUGUUCUUAUCCUAAAUUGAAUGAUUUAAGAGAUGAACAUAUUGCUCAUCAACCUACAGUUUUGUUUAAAAGAUUAAAACAUCAUAAAGGUUCAAUAUAUUGUUUAACGUGGAACAACAAUGGAAAUCUUCUUGCAACAGGAUCAAAUGAUAAAACUGUAAAAUUAAUGAGAUUUAAUAGUGAAACCAGCAAUAUUGAAGGUAAUGAUGCAGAAUUAACUAUGCAUGAUGGUACAGUUAGAGAUAUGUGCUUUGUUGAAGAUGCCAGUAAUAGAUCAAGUCUUUUAAUUAGUGGAGGGGCUGGUGAUUGUAAAAUUUAUGUCACUGAUUGUGAAACUGCUACUCCAUUUCAAGCACUGUCUGGACAUUCAGGACAUAUAUUAACAUUAUUCACUUGGGGUGGAUCAAUGUUUGUAAGUGGUUCUCAAGACAGAACAAUUAGAUUUUGGGAUCUGCGUACUCAGGGAUGUGUAAAUUUAAUUGCAACUCCUUCAAGUUGUGGCUCUGGACCAGGAAGUCCAGUAGCUGCUGUAUGUGUGGAUCCUUCGGGUCGACUUCUAGUUUCUGGCCACGAGGAUGCUGCGUGUCUAUUAUAUGAUAUUAGGGGUGGUCGAGUGAUCCAGUGUUUCAGGCCCCAUACUUCCGACGUACGAUCUAUAAGAUUCUCACCCAAAGCCUAUUACCUCCUUACUGCAUCAUAUGAUCAUAAGAUUGUAUUAACUGAUUUGCAAGGCGAUCUAACUCAACCAUUACCAAGCAUUGUCGUAGCAGAUCAUACAGAUAAAGUUAUCCAAGCCCGAUGGCAUCCUCAAGAAUUUUCUUUUCUCUCCACUAGUGCAGACAAAACUGCUGUCUUAUGGGCACUUCCUAAUUAAAGAUAUUUUCAUUUUUUACAUUUAUAUAUUUAUCUUUUCAUUGUUUACAAAUUUUAUUUUUUUUACCUAUUUAAAAGUUCAGAGUCAUAUAUUAUAAAAAAGGAAAAAAAAAGAAUUAAAUUGAUCAAACAGCAUUUUCAGUAUAUUCUGCAAUAUAUUUUUAAUGCAAUAAUUUUCUAUAUAAUUAAAUGGAAAGUUCUGAAUGGUCACAAAAUGUUUUAUUUAUCAAAAUGCUUGAUCUGAUUUUUUGUAUAUGAGUCAUAAUGUUAAAAAUAUAGCAAGUGUUUUUAGUGUGUUUAUGAUAUUGAAAUUAUUUUUCCUAUUUUAAUUACUUCUAUAAAAAGUAUAAAAAAAGAACUUUUAUUGUUAUAUGUAAUUAAAUAUAAAGAAAUCUAAAAUAUAAUAAGCUUAAAUUUCCAGACAUGUAUAAUUUAGUUCUGUGUGUAACACAUUUCUCAGCGUAUAGUUUAGAAAAACAGUCAUUUUAAUUAAUUUAUUACAUUGUAUUGUAGCAUAAUUGCCAUUUUGUUCGAUGAAUUUGUGCCAUAAAAUUCUAUUUUUUCUUGUUUUGUUUUGUUUUUUAUCAUUGGUGUAUACAUUUAAAAUAUAUAAAUAUAUUUUAAGUGUUAUUUAUAUAAUGAAUUUUUGAAAAUUUGUGGUUGGAAAUAGUUAUAGACAAAGUGAUAAUGUAUAUAGAAUAGAAUAGAGAGAAG